UCAUGGGUCAGGAGGGGGGCCGCAUGGUGAGUUAGAGUGAACCAUAAGAGUCUGAUAGCAUUAGAGCUAGGCAUGAAGUAGAGCAGCUGUCAUUUGUGAUAUCUCUGCACUUAUCCAGUUGGUCUAUCAGGGAAAAGAAAGGACAGAUCUGCAAAACCCAAUAAUCCUGAAGACACCAAUUACAAGUUUGAAUGUCUGAAGCAAGGACCUCGAACGCAGGAUUACUUGUCUCCGUGUGCCUCCUGAAGAACUAUGGGUAUGCAGUAUGCUCAGAGAGCAUCCCUGGCUCUCACGCUCAAUUACGUGGCGUUCGCCUUGGCCGUUUCGGCCGUCACCACUAGCUACUGGUGUGAGGGGACCAGGAAGGUGGCAAAGCCUUUCUGCAUGGGGCCGGUGAAAGUCAAGCAGACGUACUGCAUCCGCUUUAACAGCUCUAACAUCAAUGACACACGGCUGGUGCAGUACAUCUACGAGACCGGAGAGGAGAAGUUCCUCAUGAGGAAGUUCCAUGCAGGGAUCUGGUUCUCCUGCGAACAAAGCGUGGACUUAAUAGGAUUUAACUGUAGGAGCUUUUUAGAGAUCACACCAGAUCAUGAAAGAGGAGUGCUCUGGCUGUGUAUUGUGGCUGAGUGUCUGUACAUUGUUCUGCUGUUCACCGGUGGAGCUCUGAUGGUGAUAGAGAUGUGUCCAUGCUUUAACUUGAUAAACAGACUCAAGGUCAAUGCCUUUGCAGCUCUGUGCACUGCUCUCUCAGGCCUUUUUGGGAUGGUUGCACAUAUGAUGUUCACCACAGCAUUCCAGCUGGCCGUCCAGAUGGGUCCAGAAGACUGGAGACCUAAGACUUGGGACUACAGCUGGUCCUAUCUUCUGGCGUGGGGCUCAUUUGGCACCUGCAUGGGCUCGGCGGUCACAGUUCUAAACCAUUACACCAAAACCAUCAUUGAGUUUAAGUUCAAGAGGAGGACCAUUGAGAAGAAACUGCGCAUCAAGCAGAAGAUCCUGGAGCUGGACAUGCCGGAGGACUUGUGGUACAUCACUUCAUUACAGGAGCAAGCAGACCAACACACAGCCCUGUACGUGAAUGGCAACGAACAAUCCUGCUUCAACCCCACAAUACUAGACAACUGGGACAGAGAAUACUGCUGAAAAUUCAUGGCAAAAACACAGACAUUUCUUUGUGCAUUUAUAUCACACCUCAUAGGGCUUUGAUCAACAGAGCAGGAUAUGAACUGAACUAAAUUAUUAAGCAGUGCUGCUUCUGUGCUAUUGUGAACCUUCUUCAUAUGCUGAUGAUUGACGUUUAAAGGAAGCUUCGGCAUUUAAAAAUAAGUCUGACAUUUCUUAAAACAAAACAGCUUUGAAAAAAUCUUGAAUUUGUACUUCUUUUUACAAAAAAAUAAAUAAAAAAUGGCUGGUGGUGAAUUGUUCAAGCCGUCCCACAGUGAGGUAAGGACGCCAUCUUCUGGACCAACAUUUCAGUGCCAAGGCUGCUUCAAACACGCUCCAGUGCCACAUUUAUUACAGACUUGUGUCAAUGCCAACCAUCUUGUAGAUGCACUUGUUGUAGGAUGAGUAAUGGCUCAGUCUCUUAUGGGUGUAAGCGUGGGUUUCUGGAUUAGUUCUGCCUUUGGUGGAAGCAAAUCAAGUCAAUUUUACCCAAUGUGUGAUUCAAGCAUACAGCGUUUCUUAUUAAAAGAUUAAAAGAAUAAUCAACCUGACAGUGGUCAUAAUUAAUUAACACUGACAUAGACACAGUAAAGCACGGUACACUGAGUGCACCUUAACUAAAAUGUGACUGUCAAAAAAAUCUGCAAAAUCAACAUAAAUCUCACUAU